GUUCAUGUCUAGCCAAUGCCAUUCUGUCCAAAAAAAUAGUAAAUUUUUGGGGAAACAAACAAACCUAAUCUAAGCUCAACUCCAAGGAGAUUUCGUCAGAAAUUUUUCAUAGGUUAAAUCGCUUUACUAUCUUAGUAUUCAUUUAUGUCUACUCCUUUAUCCGGCAAAAUCAAAUCCGUAAGUGGAAUUUGCUCCCCAGAAACUUAAAACCUGAAUGAGAAAAUACAAGAAGAACUUAGCCCAUUGGAUGAUGUACCUAACUGCGACUUUACCAAGAUGUUUAACAGAGAGGAGGAUAAGAUGUAAUACUAAGUUUAAACUAUAUAGUUUUUUGAAAGUAAAUUAUAUUAAACUAUAAGGUCAAGAAUCCUAAAUGCUUGAAGCUAUAUUAAACUACAAGAAGCAAUGUUGGGAUAUCAUUCUACCAAUAAAUGAGUUUGUAUCAGAGUAGAGUUGUCAAGGAUUUUGGAUUCUAAAAAUUAUUGUAAUCGAUAUUUUAACUUUUAAGACCAAAAAGUAUAGAGACCUCAACAAUUAUGACAACGCCAAGGAACUUGUCCAAUUUUGUUUGAAACUCUUAAAUAGAAAUCUUCAUAUAAAUCAUGGUAUUCUUUAUUAUAAUCACACACAUAUAGAUGAUAUUGUACAAUAGUUAGACGGAGGUAUUCGAAUUAAUCCUUAUUGCCUAUUUAAGAAAGUUUCAAUUAGACCAUCAAUCUCUAAUCUUCUCAAAAACCUACUCUUUGAGCAUAAAAUCUCAAAUCGCCUACAAAUUUUCCAAGCUCUUUUUCAAGAUUUUGAAAACUAAGAUCUAGACUCCUUAAAAAGACAGACCAAUAUAGAUUUUUAGUUCAAAUAUCUGAAAGAGACACUAAUAAAUAAUUUAUUAGGAAUUAACAAAUGA